UUGAGAUGCAGAAGUCGUCUGAAGUCGUCUACAACUUGGAAUGAUAAAACUAGAGACGCAGAAGUGAGAUGCAUAGAGAGGGAGAGAGAAGCUCUUCUAAGCUUCAAGAAUGGCCUCAUCAAUGACGACGGAUUUCUCUCCUCGUGGGAAAGCGACGAAUGCUGCAAAUGGUAUGGUGUUGAGUGCAGCAACACCACUGACCACGUCAUCGCCCUCCAACUUAAUACUACUUACUAUGAUGGUGUAUUGCAAGGUGAGGUUGGUUCUUCCUUGCUUGAGUUGCAUCAUUUAAACUAUCUUGACCUCAGUUACAAUGAUUUUGGAGGCAAUCCAAUCCCAAAAUUCAUUGGUUCCAUGAAACAGUUACAACACUUGUAUCUCGGGAGUUGUAACUUUGGUGGGAUUGUUCCUCCUCAGAUAGGGAACCUUACCAACCUACGCUCACUUGAUCUCUCAGAAAACACUUUGAGGAUUGAGAAUCUCGAUUGGCUUUCAAGUCUCUCUUUGUUGUCUUUUCUUAGUUUGAGCCAAAUCGACUUGAGUCAAACUAACUGGCUGCAGCAUAUCCUGAGCCUUCACUCCCUCCAUGAAUUGCAAUUGAACUCUUGUAACAUAAGCACAGCUCUAGUGGAACCAUCUACUAAUUCUUCUUCUACGUCACUUUCUAUCGUUUCUUUGUCAGAUAAUAAGCUCACUUCUUCCUCAUUCCCAUCGUUAUCUAACAUAAGCAGAGCUCUAGUUCAUCUAGACAUUUCAGGGAAUGCUUUAGGAGGCCCAAUUCCUGACGCACUCAUAGAGAGAUUGGUGCUUAUAGAGUAUCUUGAUCUUUCUAAUAACACGCUUGAAGGUCAAAUCCCAAAAUCCUUGCUCAAUCUAAGUCAUCUGUGCGUCUUAGUCCUUUAUAAAAAUAACUUAAGAGGAAACCUUGAAGAGUUGUUCGGAAGUAAACCUGCCAAAGGAAUAUUGAAAUCGCUCCAGAUUGUGGACUUGGCUGAAAAUGAACUCCAUGGAUCUGUGCCGGACCUGAGAGCAUUUUCUGCAUUGACGGAAGUAUACCUUGGUGGAAACAACUUCACAGGCUCCAUUCCUCUAAGUAUAGGCCAACUCUCUGAACUUCAGGUUCUAGAUCUUUCUACUAAUUCUUUGAAUGGCGUAGUCUCAGAAUCCCACUUCGACAAGGUUGGCAAGUUGAAGGAACUAGAUUUAUCCUUCAAUUCAUUGAUAUUGCAUUUUGCUCCUAAUUGGAUUCCAACUUUUCAGUUGGAUUUUAUAUUGUUAGCAGGAUGCAAUGUGGGCCCAUCUUUCCCAAAAUGGAUUCAAACUCAGAGAAAUUUCUCAGUUCUUGAUCUCUCUAAUGCUGGUAUAAUAGGUGAAGCGCCAACAUGGUUGUGGAGCAUUUCACCUUUGUUAGUGAGCUUAUUUCUUUCCAGCAAUCAAAUUAGUGGCACUAUUCCCAAUCUCUCAUCCACUUCCAUCACACUUUUAGAUCUUAGUAACAAUAGUAUCUCAGGACCUAUUCCAUUACUCUAUGCCAAUACUAUUAUUGUUCAGCUGAGUGGAAAUAUGUUCUCUGGUUCAAUCUCAUCUAUUUGCAAAACUCGCCAUGAUCAGCUUGGUGCCCUUGACCUCUCCAAUAACGAGUUGUCUGGAGAGAUUCCCAACUGCUGGGAGAAAAUGCCAAACUUGAAUAUUCUCCAUUUGGCUAACAACAGGUUUUGGGGUGAAAUUCCUCACUCUUUGGGGUCUUUACACAACCUCACUGCACUGCAGUUGCGAGGUAAUAGUUUAUCUGGAGAGUUUCCUUCCACUUUGAGAAGUUGCCAUAGUUUGCAGUUAUUUGAUGUUGCAGAGAAUGAGUUAACAGGAGACAUCCCUACUUGGUUUGGUGAAAUGUAUAAAAUGACAUUUCUAAACCUUGGCAGAAACAAAUUGCAUGGUAGUAUUCCUUUUGAGAUAUGCAAUCUUACUCAUAUUCAAAUUCUGGACUUGUCCAGAAACAACUUGUUUGGGAAGAUUCCAGAUUGUUUCAGCAAUUUUACUUCAUUGGCUCAAAUCAAUACGCCGGCUGAUAUUAUGCGUACAAGUUAUCUUACUCGUGUCAAAUACAAUGAUGAUCUUCCAAAUGUUGUUAUCGUAAGGUACUUUGAGUCUUUGUUAAUUCAGUGGAAGGGCCAGAAAUCAGAAAAUAGGAAAAAUCUCGCGCUUCUCAAACUCGUUGAUUUUUCAAGCAAUAAAUUGAGUGGAAGCAUUCCUCAAUCAUUUUCCAGUAUGAGGGGAUUAAUUUCCUUGAACCUAUCAUCGAAUAGUUUCACAGGAAGUAUAAUUCCAAAUAUUGGUGAGAUGGGAAUGUUAGAAAGUCUUGAUCUAUCAAACAAUCAAUUGUCUGGGAAAAUACCCACAAGCUUGGCACAAUUACACUACUUGGCUGUUCUUGAUUUGUCGAACAACAAUUUGUCCGGAAAAAUUCCACCAAGUACUCAACUCCAGAGCUUCAAAGCAUCUUCUUACGCCAAGAACAAGGGACUCUGUGGCCUCCCACUAGCGUUGUGCCCCGGCGAUAGCUUGAGGCCGUCCACCACUAAUCCGGGGGAAAACGUGAAUAAGAAAGGCGGCAGCCACUCUUUUAUGCAAGAAGUGGCCAUAUCAAUGGGCUUUGGUUUUAUAUUUGGAUUUUGGGGAGUGGUUGGUACCUUCGUACUGAAGAAAUCGUGGAGAAUUGCAUUCUUCAACUUCUUUGAUGAUGUUGGAGAUUGGUUCUAUGUGAGGAUCGCUAUAUUUGUGUCAAAAAUGAGAAGAUGCUGAAAUGCUAGAGGUGGACAAGCUGGUAGAUGGAACAAGAAGAAGGAACAACUAUUGCUUAUGAAUAGUUUUGGUACCUUUAAUUAUAGUCCCUGGUUUAAGUGCUUUAAUUUCCUAGUACAUUUUAUGAGUGUUGGUAAUGUAUUAUGAUUAGUGAUGAUGUAAUAGUGUGUGUACUUUAUUGUCAAAUAAAGUGUUUUUCCUACUUUUUGUUAUCAUGAUGUUAUAUUAUAGAAUGCCUUUGGUUUUAUAUUUGGAUUUUGGGGAGUUGUUGGUUGUUUCAUA